AUGUUAGGUUUACUAUAUGUCUUUACAUCGUGCUUUGCAUCAAUUUAUGGUCAUGGUUAUCUAUUAGAUCCUGUAGCGCGCAGUUCAGCUUGGCUUGUUGAUCAAUCAUUUAAACAAUGUUGUACUUAUCCUAAUCAUAUGGAAAUGUUUUGUGGAGGUACUCAACAUCAAUGGAAUACUCAAGGAGGUAAAUGUGGUAUCUGUGGCGAACCAUACGAUAGAUCGGCUAAAAUAUUUGAGAAAGGUGGAGCCAUGUAUACAGGUAAAAUAGUCAAGACAUAUAAUCAAGGACAACAAAUUGAUGUAACUGUAAUGUUAACUGCUAAUCAUAAAGGUUACUUUGAAUUUCGCUUAUGUAAUUUGGAUAGCACCCCCAAUUCCGAUGCCACACAAGAUUGUCUUGAUCGUCGUCUAUUGAAAAUUGCUGGCACAGACUCGACUAGAUAUCGUGAUGUUGAUAAAUAUGGUUCACAAGCAAUUACUGUUCGUAUUCAACUUCCAUCCGAUGUUGCAUGUCGACAUUGUGUAUUUCAAUGGAGAUAUACAACAGGAAAUAGUUGGGGUACAGAUCCUAUCACUGGCCAAUCAGGUCUUGGGAUGGGUAUUGAAAAUGAAACAUUUAUGGGUUGUUCGGAUAUUUCCAUUGUUGCUAAUGGUUCACCUACUCAAACAGUACCUCCUAUAGUUGUAACGACUGCUCGACCACCAGCAGCAACAACUGCUCGACCACCAGCAGCAACGACUGCUCGACCACCAGCAGCAACGACUUCUCAAUCACCGGCAGCAACGACUGCUCGCCCAUCAGGUGGUGCAAAUACAUGGUCACCCAAUGGUAUUCAAUAUAAAGUUGGUGAUAUUGUAUCAUAUGGAGGCUCGCGAUUUCAAUGUGUUCAUGAUCAUACAUCGUUUGAAGGAGCUCAUCCUAGUCCCGUUACAUGGGCUUGGUGGGCAGCUAUCAACUGA